AUGGAACAACGUUAACAAUGGACUUUAGAAUCCUUUGAAUUUAGAACCCUGGAAUGGGAAUUACGAUCACAUUUUCAAAUAGGAUAGAAACUAAAUAUCUCCAAAAAAGAUGCAGAUAAAAAUCCCAAUUAGAAUGACAACUCAAGCCAGAAGGAGAUCAAUGGAAACCAAUUAUCCAAGUCGUCAGGAUAGUUGUCCUAAGAUAGAAAUCAAAUAAUAUUUGCAAUCAUUCUAGAAGAGUAGUCUGUCUCCUCGAAAGAAUUCAACUCAGAAAUAUAGGAACUCUUGCAUCAAAACUCUAUUCCAAAAAUCCUUAUUGAAUAAUUCGAUGUCAUGGACUGA